CUUUUGUAUAAUCGGCUUGGACCUCCAUUGAAGCUCAUUGAAGAGGUUCAGAGACGGCUACUGGUCGGGCUGAGGUUUGCGGAUAAAAUGGAUUCUUCCGGGUAGUUUGAUGAAACUUCCGGAGCGAUCCGGUGCAUACGUACCAUGAUCCAUCUCUGCUGCGACACCAAUCGGUCAAUCAGGUCUUCAGCUCUUCAGCUCUUCGGAAUGUCGACCAAUGCUGCUGUACCCGUCAUUCAUUCCACCUCGAUGUCGAUGUCGAAUAACCCUCUGCUACUUCCAACAAGUGGCCCGUCGGCUUUGAUUGGGCGCCCUCCCAAUAAUGUAAAGGACUAUUACAUCGUCAAGGGCCUACUUCGAAUGGUCGGCAUGGAGGACGCGAAUCCAAUGAUCGGCUACUUCCUAGCUGAUCAGCCACCCCCAAACUACGUACACGAGAGUCGUGUGGUCGGGGUCCAAAUAGGUCUCAUCGUUGUCAUGUUGUCGAUUGUGCUACCAACAACCGCACGACUGUUACUUCGAGCGCGAAAGAAGCACAUGCGGUUUGGCUGGGAUGACUGGACUAUACUCGCGGCAGCAACACUUGCCUUUACCUAUCCCCUUGCCCAGACGAUCGGCCUCUACUUCGGCGGCGCAGGACUGCAUACAUGGGAAGUGACCUACGACCAAUACGAGAUUAGCACCACGAUAGGGGUCUACUGCAAGAUCACCUUCUACCAAGCUGUCGGCCUGAUCAAGGUUUCCAUCGCCUUGUUCGUUCGACGUAUGACAGGUGGAGCAUCGCAGCGGUGGCGAUGGUUCUGCAACAUCUUUUUGGUCACGGUGGGAGUAUACAUGCUCGUGGCUCUGUUCUGGUCGCUUUUUACCUGCUAUCCAGUCCAGGCUCAGUGGUCUCUUCACGCUCGUGGUGCGACUGAACCGCUUCCACGUUGUCUCCACCCGUUUUUGCAGGGCCGGAUACUCAGUGGGAUUCAUGUAGCGCAAGGUAUGAUACUGCUGUCUGCACCGAUAGUGAUCCUGUGGAAUGUUCGAAUAGAUCGAGCAAAAAAGAUCCGGCUGUUCGUAUUGUGGGGUUUGGGGGGCAUCACAGUGCUUGGUGGAUUACUUCGCCAAGUGCGACCGGUCACCUAUCGAGAUAUCACUUGGAAUUACGUGGAGAUCCUGACAUGGGCCUGUCUAGAUUUGGCAUUGGGUAUAGUGACGGCCUCGCUGCCUGUGCUCGAUGGCAUGCUCUCCAACGCAUGGCAUCGAGCCAUGACCAGUAUAGGGGUCUCUUCUCAGGCGACGGGUGGAAAUCCAUCCAGCGGAAGUCAACCGGGAGGCUCCGAGGCAACGAGACGAAAAACACCUGGAACGCACGCUCCAUCAGCGUCCGAGGAGCAUAUAAUCAGUAAGGCUGAUGAGACAGAGAUGGGAAUCAUCAGGACUCGAGUGGUGCAUGUCCAUUCUUCGUCGCGGUCGAGCCUUGAUGCAUUCGGUUUGGGAAACAAGUAAGCACCGAACCUUCUGCCACCCUGCGAACAUGUUAGGACUCUAGAGCAUAAGAAGAACAGUGGAGCAUGUGGCCACAGAAGGUAGACUCGUCAACGUCUUAUCGUGAUGCAUGUGAUAAUCAUCUGGUGGAUCACUCAUCG